AUGGCUAGUGAACGAGAUCUCUUGUCCACAGAGAUUGUGAACCGUGGGAUUGAGUCUUCAGGCCCCAAUGCUGGCUCUCUCACGUUCUCAGUCAGAGUCCGAAGGCGGCUGCCGGACUUUCUGCAGUCAGUAAACCUAAAGUAUGUGAAAUUGGGCUACCACCACCUCAUAAACCAUGCCAUAUACUUGGCCACAAUUCCUGUGCUCGUGCUGGUUUUCAGUGCUGAGGUUGGGAGUUUGAGUAAGGAGGAGCUGUGGAAGAAGCUUUGGGACGAUGCACGUUAUGACCUUGCAACUGUGCUUGGUUUCUUUGGUGUUUUUGUCUUCACUUUGUCUGUCUACUUCAUGUCACGCCCUCGCUCCAUCUACCUUGUUGAUUUUGCUUGCUAUCGCCCUCAUGACGACCUAAAGGUGUCCAAGGAUCAGUUCAUAGAGGUAGCACGAAAAUCGGGCAAGUUCAAUGAGGAAAGCCUAGCAUUCCAGAAGAGAAUUCUGAACACAUCAGGCCUAGGGGACGAGACAUACAUCCCAAAAUCAGUGAUCGCGUCGACCGAAAACACAGCAACCAUGAAAGAAGGCCGAGCAGAGGCCUCAGCAGUAAUGUUUGGGGCACUCGAUGAGCUCUUCGAAAAGACCAGGGUCCGUCCGAAGGACGUAGGUGUCCUAGUAGUAAACUGCAGCAUCUUCAACCCUACGCCAUCCUUAUCAGCCAUGAUCAUAAACCACUACAAAAUGAGAGGCAACAUUUUGAGCUACAAUCUUGGAGGUAUGGGCUGCAGUGCCGGGAUCAUAGCAGUUGAUUUGGCUAGGGACAUGCUUCAGGCCAAUCCUAAUAACUAUGCUGUGGUGGUGAGUACUGAGAUGGUGGGAUAUAACUGGUACCCUGGUAGUGACAGGUCCAUGCUCAUUCCUAAUUGCUUUUUCCGCAUGGGGUGCUCUGCCGUGCUGCUUUCAAAUCGCCGCCGUGAUUACCACCGUGCCAAGUACCGGCUAGAACACAUUGUUCGUACACAUAAAGGCGCCGAUGACCGGAGUUUCAGGUGUGUGUACCAAGAGGAAGAUGAAAAUAGAUUGAAGGGGCUGAAGAUCAGCAAAGAACUAGUGGAAAUUGGUGGCGAUGCUUUGAAAACCAACAUCACAACUUUGGGACCUCUGGUCUUGCCCUUCUCAGAGCAGCUCCUCUUCUUUGCUACAUUGGUUUCAAGGCACUUGUUUUCUGGUAGAGGCACUUCACAGCCAUCUUUAUUGUCUGGCAAGAGGCCAUAUAUCCCCGAUUUCAAGCUUGCAUUCGAGCGCUUUUGCGUCCAUGCAGCAAGCAAGACAGUGCUAGAUGAGCUGCAGAAAAACCUUGAGCUUAGUGAGGAGAACAUGGAGGCUUCUAGGAUGACACUACACCGUUUUGGCAACACGUCAAGCAGCAGCAUAUGGUAUGAGCUGGCUUAUUUGGAAGCAAAAGAGAAGGUGAAGAGAGGAGACAGGGUUUGGCAAUUGGCAUUUGGUUCUGGAUUCAAAUGCAACAGCCUUGUUUGGCGGUCCAUGCGCCGCGUUAGGAAGCCUUCUAGAAAUCCAUGGCUUGAGUGCAUUGAAAGAUACCCAGUGAAUCUCUGA